AUGCGCGUCAAACACCUCAAGCGCGUCACGAACUUCAUCGUCGCCCAUCACCGCGUCGUUGCUGUCGUUAUCUACCUCCUCGGCGCGGCGUCGACCCUCAUCGUGCUCUCGCUCGCUCGAAACGUCUUCGUCGAUGAGAAUGCCUUCUUGUUGAACGGUUCGCCCGCAACGUUCGAUGAGCACGAUGGGAGCGUUGCGAAAUCGUACGCCGAUGCGUUCCGCGACAUUGCGCUGAAUUUGACGUCGCCGAGCGACGUUUUCGAGGCGAAGAUGCGAUGGGUUGUUCAUUCCGUGGAUGCGCGCGGGUUUGAGAGUUACCUCACGCGCGGCGUCGGCGGCAGCGUCAUCGCGCACGCGAUCGCUCGGGCGACGCGAGGGAACGGGCGAGAGAGCUUGGUGCUUAUGACGACGAUCGGUCGGGGUGCGGAGAGCGCGGAUGCGGUGACGAUCGGGUCGGCGUUGAGAACGUUUGAGCGGCUCGGCAGAGCGGAGUGGUUGGCAAAGGAUUUGAUUUGGGUGUGCGUCGACGGAAGAGACGGUGAGGAGAUCGCGAACGCGAUGGCUUGGUUGAAGAAAUAUCACUCACCGGACGUUCGAGGUGAAGACGAGACGGCAUUCGAGCGCGCGGGGACGAUCACGCAAGCGUUUGCGUUCGAUGCGUCGGGCGGAGACGCGGUGUCGGCGAUGCGGGUGAAACUUGAGGGAUGGAAUGGAGCGUAUCCGAAUCAGGAUAUGUUCACCAUGUUCAAUGAAGUCGUGAAAUUGAAUCGGGUAAUACGUCUACCCGUAACCCUGGAGGAGGAAGAGGAGGGAGGUAACGCGUGGGAGCGUCGGUCCGAUCGUGCGAGUGUGGCGAAAUCGGCGGCGCGCUUCAUGUGGCGCGCCGCCAAGGGUGUUCCCACGGGCGUGCACGCCGCGUUCAAGAAACACUCGAUCGAUGCGAUCUCCAUAGAGUCCACGGUUCGUCGAGAAGAUCACCACGUCGUUCGCGGUUCGCACGCGUACGUUGUUAUCGGGCAGACACUGGAGCUGACACUUCGAGCGUGCAAUAAUUUGCUCGAGCUCUUGCAUCACAGCUGCUUUUAUUACAUCAUGCUCGGUCCGCAGAAAUUCCUCGGCAUCGCGGAGUACAUCGCGCCGCAAGCGCUGAUGCUAGUGAGUCUUUUACUCAGCUUGGUGAAGCUAGCGACUUUCGGAGAGGAUUCGCGCCAUCUUUCGACGGAUGUUGAAUGGAGAGCGCAGCACAACUGGAGUGUCGCUCUUGCGAGACUUGCUCUGGCGAUUGCGAUCGGAGCUCUGGUCGGAAAAAGCUGCAUCUUGAUGAACGCGAUAGGAUUGAGUCACGAAUCCGUCACAGUUGGCGUCUCCGGCGUUGCGAUCGUCGCAUCGUUCGUAUUUUUGCGUUUGACUGAAGUUGACGGAAGAAUUGCGGUAAAGAAUCGAGCGUUCGGUGACUUUAUCCUCGUUUCGCAAGAACAAUGGGUUGGAGUUAAGGUAGUGAGCAUCGCUUGGGUACUCUUCACGAUGAGCGCGUGUACUUUUUUCAAUUUUGCCCUCGCGUUACUCGCCACAUCUGCGUUGGCUCCGAUAUGUGUGCUCUGCCAUGCUUGUAGCGGUGAUCCAGCCGGCCAUCGGUCAAGGAGGUGGGCAACGACGAUCCUGUGUGCUCUCCCACCGGCGUGGGCGAUCAUCCUCUCUCAUUUCGUUGGAUCUCCACCACUGAAAUCGUUGGGUUUGCUCGCUGAGCAUCAUGCGCGAUGGCACACGUUCGCGUUGCCCUUGAUUUUUGGCAUCGCGUUUCCCACAAUUCUUCUCUCCUUGUACGUCGCCAACUCGAGUAAUGGCAAAAUAAAAUCAUCAUAG